UACUUUAUCUUCCUCGACCUCGUCAGUGUUUCAAAGCCGCUCAAGAUGAACGCAGGUCUUUACUCCGACGGUGCUCAAAUCCAAAAGUUCAAUUUUGAAGAUGAACUCAAUAGACAACUGCUCGAUUUUGAGAUUAUCUGCGGCGACGGCAGUGUUUGCGGCCAUAAAAUCAUUUUAACGUCUCGGAGCCCUUAUUUUAGGCACUUGGUGGAAAGUCAACCGGGCAUCGGUGAAGUUACUUUUGCCGAUUUCGGGCGCGAGCCGAUGAAAAAAGCCCUGCAGCUGAUAUACGGGGAAACUGUAAGAGUCGCUGAGCUGCAAGUCGACGAGUUUUUGAAGAUUUUGCAUGUUUUGAGAGUUGACUAUUGGGUCAAGUUUAAUAGAAUGAGAAUGGAUAGAGUCGAUAUAGCUGCCAUGUCUUCGGCCUCGACUCCGGAUAUCUCAACUGAAACCGAAGUUUCAGCUUCGGAGGAUUUGGGCAGCAGAAGAUCUGGCGACGGAGAAUCUAUUGCUCUUAAUGAUUAACAAUGUGUGUGCCUAAGGGAGUUUUUCAAUAAAGAUUUCGAAUUCAGCAUUUCA